CCGCCCAAGAAGCAACAAAAGAAUAUAAACAAGAAGAUCAACUGUCUCUCUGCCUGGUUUGUAUUCCAAGAAAUGGAGAAAGUCCAAAAGCUCUUCUGUGUGGCUCUAUUGCUUGCAGUACUAGCCAUAGCAAGCAAUAUUGCGAAUGCCCAGAGUACCAUAUGCAAAAUGCCUGUUGCUGGCCUAAUGUCAUGCAAGCCUGCUGUAACUCCUCCUAACCCUACCGCACCCUCGGCAGACUGCUGCUCGGCACUUUCGCAUGCUGACAUAAACUGCCUUUGCUCCUACAAAAAUUCCAACCUGCUCCCUUCCCUUGGAAUCGACCCAAAACUUGCCAUGCAGCUCCCUGGCAAGUGCAAGCUUCCUCACCCUGCUAAUUGCUAGACUACCGAUCGUAAUCGAUCCAAGGGUUUUCCUCUACAUAUAUGUAUCAUGUCAUAAACGUCUGCCAAAAGAAGAGAUCAUAAAUCAAGGAAGAGUACAAUAAAUCAGCUAACCUUCUAUGCUCCUCUUGAUCAGCGCUUUAGAAGUUGGCAAAGUACCAGCUAAUUAUCCUCCUGAUUGUGAUUUGAUGUAAUUCCUUGUUGCGAGUUCUUGUUUGUUAGUUGAUGAGUCUGUAUUAAGCUUAAGUUAAUCCAAUGUUAUCGUGAAAAUUUGUGUCA